UAGCCUAUAUGCUGUAAAAACAGAUUGACAUGAUUUAUAGUUGGAAAAGUGGGCAUAAUAAUGGAGGGCUUAAGUUAAAUGUAUUUCCUUAUGAUCCUGUACCCCAGGCUAGGACCCUCCAAGCUAGUGCUGGAGAGCAGGUGCUCCAGACAGACGUCAUUUCUGCUGGCCAUGAUGGAGUAAGGCUGCCAGCCCUGGGAGACUGCCCCAAGGACAGCCCUCUAAAGGUAAGAAACAGCUUUUAGUUCUGAUGCAAAACGUCUGGUUGUAACGGAGACCAGUUGGUUGUAAUCUAGUAAUAUGACGGGUUGAAAACCAGUUUACAACGAGAUAAUAACACCAUUAAGACACAUGGACCACCUACUAGUUAGAACUAAUAGUAUUGGAAUUCUGAUUCUAAUUCUAAGGUUAACCCUUAUGUGACAUGUCACUUAGUACCACCAUGCCUAUGGUGAAAUAGGUGGUUUCUAUGGUGAUAUGAUUUCCCCACUGUUGUUAUAUGUCUCAGAACCUUGUGCCGAAGCCCCCACAAGGCCCCAGGCCCAGCCGAGAGGCCAAUAUAGCAAAGGCAGAAAAGAAGGCCAGAGAGGUUAUCAAGGCUAAAAAGUCUAGGGAGGCUAAGUCAGGGGUGAUAUACGCAAGACGCCAAGUAGUUGGUGUGUUGGCACUGCCUCAAACUCUUAUAUCUCGAACAACCAGUUACAGUGAGUAUUGAUCUCCACUUCCAAAAAUCUUGGAUUUUUUGAUGCAAUUCUAAAAGGAUAUAUGGUGGAAGGAUCCACUAUUAUCUACGACUCUCCUCUUUCUGUAGGUGUCCUGCCAGCUAUCAAGAAGGGCACUAAAGUUACUCAAAUGGAGACAACAGAAACCCCAGGUCCCCUGACACCUAAUGAUGGGGAGAUAAUGAUCUCCUCUCCAUCUGUUGAUGACCUCCUGACCCCAAAGAGUGAUGUGACGUCCGUGGCUAAGAGCGAUGAUGCCUCCUGUCCAAUUUCACCUGAGGCGUUCUCUCUAACGAACUUCCUGAAGUCUCACCCUCAGAGAAAGCUUAUCAGGAAGUUCCUCAAACAAAUGAACGUGACAAUAGGCGACCUGGACGAAAUCAUCGAGUGGGUGGUGUGUGUCUCCAGUGAGGUGUUCCUCCCAGUGAUGGCUCUGCACAGGACCUCCAGACCAGAGUCAUCAGACUCGUCCCACUGGGGGUCAGGUGUGCUCCAGAUCGUCUCUGAAAAGUUCCACCAGCGGAGUUCUGAGCCGAAGGGAAGGCUCCUGGGCGGACAGCCGCCCACUCCCCCUUCUGAGACCGACAAGGAGCUUCAGGGCAUAGCAGAUCUGUCUGUGAGUAACAUCCUGAAAAGGGCCCAGGAGGACCUCUUCUCUUCUGGUGAGGAUGACCUGGAGAACACCCAUCCAGGUAUUACUCUGACAGAAGAGAAGCUCUCCAGCAUCUUCUCAGAGCUGUUCAGGGAUGCCUGUGAGAGUGCCCAGGAGGCCGCCAGACGGAUCCACCACAUGAGGUCUGGAAGAGGCAACAACAGCCAGAAUGGGAGUUGGCCUGGGUCGUCACAGGGAUCGAGCAAAUCCAACAUGCCAGAGUUGGGAGAACUGGGGUCAGUGAGGAGUCCCAAGGGAAGUGACGUCCAUAAAGUCCUUAGCGAGGGGUCCCUCCCUGUCUUUGCCCUGUUUGAGGAGAGGCCAGGGGAAGUUGGGGAGACCAGCAGCCCUGCUGGGGAGAUGGACGAGACACAGACUGCCAGCACUCCCAGCAUUCCCCGGUCUGGGCAUGGCGGCAGAAGGAGUAGCCAGACCACCACUCCCACCCCCGGCCACAGAGAGGCAGGAUUCACAGCCAGUAACAUCUUUGAUGUUAUUAUUCAUCUGGCGCACUCUGACACUGACCGGGAACUCCACCAGGAGUUCAGCAGUGAGGAUGAUGUUUCACUGAAUGACAUCAUGGACAUGAAGUCAACCCUGGCAGUGGAGCCCCUGGGUCAGAUCCUGUCCUCAUGGAAGCUGGUCAACAUGAUCUUCAGGGGGAAGGUCCACUACUUUGGGAAGGAUCUCAUCUGCAAGGUGUAUCAGAUGCUUCUGGACACCGGUAUGGGCAGGAGGCCAAUGGCCCGCCAGAGCAGGUCCGAGCCCAUCCUGAAAGACCUGGCUGCCAACCGUAGGCUCUCCAAUGAAUUCUUCACAGACGUGCUGUACAUGUUCAUCCAACGGGCCAUUAAGAAUCUGCUGGAGAACUUCUUGGGUCUGCCGACCACCCCACCAGGCAGAGACAUAAUGUGGAAUGACAACUUUAACUGGAUGUAUAGGGACGGCUGGGGGAACACCCCCACAUCCAGCGAGGAGGAAUUGUGGGACAGCGACUCCACCUGGUCAAGUGGGCUUGGGGAGGAGGAAGGGACAGAGUCCCGUGGGAGGUGGGCCGCUCUGUUGGAGAAGGGCAGCUUACUGACCCUCCAUUCCUCCAGCUCCCUCUCCCUCUCCGAUGACAACAAGGAGGCACUAGGGGCCGUCUGCCAGGUCCUGACCACCAGGGUGGGAGACAUCCUGAACAGUACCUGCAACGACGAUUGCAAGGCCAGGCUCAUCAUCCAGAAAGGAUUGGAUUCCGGUGCCAGGGAAAGGUUCCCUGACUCUCCGUGUCCCUCUUCACCCAAGGACGAAGAGGAGGUGGUUGUGAGUGCCAUGACUGUCUCAUACCCUAAACCCUCCACCUCAACCCAGGCAGCAUGGGCAGCUCCUGCCCAGACUAUGGACGUUUUUCUGCCCAGACCAUGCCUGGAUGAAGAAGAGGUAGUGCCCAGCACCUCCUUGAAGGACAACUCUGUGACAACCACCCAUGCAGCACUGGCAGCUCCUUCCCAGAGCCUGGAAGAAGAGGUGGGAGAAGCUGAGGUGUCCCACGUGAGUGAGAGCUCCCUGAUGCCCACCAAGGCCAUUGAGAAGAUUCCCUCCCUCCUACCAGGCAAGAUCCUUAUCGAGGAGGACACCCUCAGUUGCAGCACUCCCUGGGCCACCGUCAUGAGCCCCCAGACCCUGAAGUUCAUCCUCCACGGCAUCAUGUGCCGACUGGAGGCCUCAGAGUCCCCCCAGACAAGGAGGGCCAAUGACCCCUUCAGGCUGAUGAAGGAUCUCUUUCUGGAGGUCCAGCAUGCCCUGAAGUAUGCUGACAUCUCUGUCCUCUUUGGCCUGGAGGAGAGCAUCCAAUUCAUUGGGGAGGAUGCGGUGAAGGCCAUCGUGAAGACUGCAGCUAAAAGAUUGUCCCUGCGUUCGGACUCCAACCGGGCUCAACUGCGUGCCGCGCGCUCUGGUGGUGAGGCAGCCAUCAGGUGCAUGGCGGACACCAUCACACAAGUCAUAGAUGACUAUUCCGAGGACUGGAGUUCCGGUGGCCAUUUUGGAGCCAGGAGGAGCCGUGCUAGUGGGAGGUCACACUCCUCAACCUCCUCAAGGAGUGACGUCACCCUCACCGAGGAGCUCCUGGCCCGGAGGGAAUCCCUUGAAGAGGACCUAGCGGAGAUGGCUGAUGACAGCACUGGUUUGGAGAAGACCAUUGUAAGCUCAGCCAUCUCUGCCAAGUCCCAGGAGAAGGAGAAGGAAGAGGCUAUGAAGGAAGAAGUGAGGAAGUCAGGAAAGAAGAGGCGAAGAAAUAACAAGGACCAGAAGAAGAACAAGGUGUCUCCUCUUGGCAAUGAUAGUACUGUGGCUGCAGAUGAGCCGAAGAAAAAACAGUCUCUCCUCCCGCGGAUCACAGCUGCCCUGGCAAGACUAUUUUGCUUCCCCUGCAAAAAAAGAUGCAAAAAGUAACUGCAGAGACGAGUUUGGGAAACCCUGAUACCACCUCCCCCAACCCACUUUCUAAAAAAACAUCAGUGCCACCAGAAGAGGGAGACAACCCCCCCUAACUAAUUUGAUUCCCCCCCCAUUUAAUUUAAUAAACACAACUUUCAGCUAUUUUGAUCUUCUUUACUUUUUUUUUUACAGACCCACCUGCAUGCUAUAGAUUCGUAAGGUCAAUUUGCUGUGUACUGUCUACAGUAUCAUUGUUAUGAGUAGGUUCACUGUGUCAGUCAUUAUUUUUACCUUUAUUUAACUAGGCAAGUUAGUUUAGAACAAAUUCUUAUUUUCAAUGACGACCUAGGAACAUUGGGUUAACUGCCUUGUUCAGGGGCAGAACAACAUAUAUUUUAGGCUACCUGUCGCUAUAUAGGUAUAGGCUAAAUGCCCUAACCUAAUUGCAAUUUACAUAAUAAGAGUUACAAUAGAAUAAUUCCCUAAUUGUAUCUUUCUUGAGAGGGAAUAAAUCUCUAAUACACUAUACUCAAUACCAUACAGUAAGCACACCACUGUAUACCGAUGCAAGCCCCGCCUCCCCGCAGAAUAAAGAAUAGACACGAGUGGAUAAUUGCGGUGUCACUACAAAGGAUACCUUAAUUAAGCCAAUUCAUUGGCUGUGUUGUAAUCUGAUUGGUGUGUGUACCACCUAAUGCAAAAGGUGUAAAAACGCUGAAGCACUCCAUUCUGUUCAUGAUUUCUAUUUAUGAUUGACGCUGCUGUUUAAAGCUAUAUUUUUUAAUGUCUGCCUUAUUUGCAUUAUUACACAUUUGGAGAGGACAGGGGAGAUAGGGUGGACAGCUCCCUGUCUAGUAGUUGUAGCUGUAGUAUCUGGGAUCUACAUCUGUUUAUAUUAGUUACUGUGCUGUUACUAAGCAGUAAUGCAUUACGGCAGUGUUACGUUACUACACCUAAUAGGAAAUGCAGAUGCGCACUGGAAUGCCGCGAACUGUAGAGCACGAGGGGUUUUGACUAAACGAAAUCUAACUGUACUCUCGUCUCCUGCCUGGUCAUUUCUCCACAACACAAAUAUUACAGUGGCGACGAGGUGAUUAAACUACAUAAACGGACAUUGCUUGAAGGGAAGAAUGUUGCUUGAGUAAUGAAACUCAAAAUAAUUAUGUAAUUCGUCAGUUAUAUUUAUUUUCUUUCGCCAGUAGAGAAGUCUAAGCACUGCUAGCACUGCUAGUACAGUAUUCAGGAGCUGCCAAGUAGCAAGACUAUUGGAGUCCAGAAUAGCGACACUACCCAUUGAAAUUAGGCGAUCUCAGUGGAGAAAUAUUGACAAGGGGAAAAAAAAGGAAGAAGGGACGUACAUUAAUACAAAUGAGUGCAGUGAAUGAAGUAAUUGCAGAAACUUCUGAAGUGAAGAAGUAGAUGACUAUUCAGAAAAUUAAGGAAUAUAAGGAAACUGAACAAUUAACUGUGAAAAUGGCAACCAUCGGUCGAGUACCAGAGUUUGAGGCUACAAAAGAGGAUUUUGAUUCCUAUUUGGAGCGUUUUGAGCGUUGGCUGAUAAACCCAUCAAUGAUUAGAUUUAUUUGACCAUAAUAAUUUGUUUGGUCCAUAUUAUUGACACUAAAUAGAGGUUAUUUUAACCGUAGCUGUUAAAAGUCCAACAGUGGGAGUGUGCAGCAGACUAAUGAUGGCGCGACUUUAAUUCCUGACUAUUUCAGUUAUGGCCAACAGAGGGCAACAUUUAUCCAUAAAAUACGAUUAAACCUCACUGAACCAAAGUGAAUUGGGUUACACUGUAAACUUUAUAGAGAUUUCGUAUGUGAUCAGAAACGAUGCAUUCAUUUCCCAGAGUGGUCGCACUGUGUUAUUGUAGUUGACGUAAUCGUGUACAAUGGCAUGACGUAAUAUAUGAGCCUAUGACUUAAACGCACUCAAGAGAAGGUUCAGUGCUUACUUCUGGCUCAGUUGAGUUGAUGAUUUACAAAGGAGAGUCAUCCUCAUGUUCAAAUAAAUCACUUUGAGUGGACAAAGAUGACAUUCUGUGAGUACAGAAAAACGGGCC